UUGUUGUUGCCAUGCUGGACGUGCAGGUCAGUAAGCUGUUUAUCAUAAGUCUGCGUCCUGAGUUCAGCGACCUUAUGUGUGUUGCUUAUAAUUUAAAAAUAAACAACUGAAGGUUACUGUAAAGCCUUUAUCAUUAGUUGGAAAAGCAUAUCAGCUUCUUAAGUUUUUUUCUUGGCUAACUAUCCACCGUUAAUGAGAAGUUAUAGCUAGGUUAGCUAACUUAGCCUAGCCGUAUAGCCUGCACUUAACAAGUGAGUAUACUAGCUAACUAAAGUAACAGAGGUGUGCAAAUAUGAGAAUUGGCUGAUUAGGUAGACGAGAAAGGUAGUUAUCUAUUCAAGCUGCGAUGGAUUUGAAGCCCUCCGCUACUGCAGUCAGUAUGAAUGCUGUGCCUCCAUAUGGACAUGUCAUCAUCAACGCCAAGUGGAGGGGCUCAACGCUAGUGCAGAAUUUUAAAGGGAGAGUUAAAACCAUCUUUGAGGACGAGCUUGGUGUUGUGGACCUUCACCUCAGUAACAGAAGUUGCGUCCUGUAUGUGUCAGAGAGUGACUUGGUUGCAGGGAAUGACUAUAAGAGGAAAAUUGUCCGAUUCCGAAAUUCCAACAGCAAACUCAGUGGAAUUGUUAUAGUGGAGAAGACUUGUCUCAGUGAGCAGUACUUCAGCGGGUUGCAGAAGUUUGUGGUGUUGGAGCUGGGCUUGACCUUGCUUCCUGUUGCCAGUCCUGCUGAAGCUGCUCAGCUCAUUGAACAAAUGGUACAUGGAGAGAGCAAGGAGAGCCCAUUUCGCAAGAAAAGUAUGUCGAGACUGUUGGACCCAGUGGUGCUGAACCUGGUGCAGAAGAUCCCUGGGGUUGGUAAAGUGAAGGCCAUGGCCCUUCUCAAGAAAUUCUGCAGCAUCUAUGAAAUCAGCAAUGCUUCAGUCAAGGAGCUGGAGCCUGUUGUGGGACAGGCUGCAGCUCAGCAGAUAUGGGGCUUUUUCCACAAUCAGUUCAGCUGACAUUACUCCACAUAUUAAAUUGUAUAAACUUUGACAAAGAAUUUACCUGCUCACUUUAAGAUGAUACAAACCAAGUACUUUGAUAUUACAGUAAGGUCAUCCAAACCUGUAAAAUCACAACCAAGCAAAAGGGGGAAAGAAAGCUGGUGGCCAUUAACAAAUCAAGGUGUUGUAUAAAUAUUACUUCAUUUUAAGGAGCAGUCAGUGGUAUUUCAUCAAUUAACACUAAAUACAUAGCUGAUCAUUUUGUGUCUAAAGCUGUCUAAACCUCAUAUGCCUUUAAGAGGAAAGUACCACUGCUGUACACCAUGUUUGUGUUUUUUUUUUCUUUGUAAGAUGCCUUUUUUGUAGAAAAAAGUGAAGUAAACAUAUUAAACAGCUAUUUAACUUUUUCACUUGUCUAUCAGGCACAUUAAAAUAUACAGUGAGAAACACUGAACAUUUUAAUAUACUAAUAAUUUGUUUCUUCUUUUAGUAGGAGAUAUCUUUGUUAAUGUGGUGUUUUGUCUUUUUUUUUUUUUUUGGUCAUAUUAACAUUAAUAUAUACAGGGAUAGUUGGUAGUACUAAAUAAUGGUUAGAAUUUUCUCACCACAAGAUGGAGCCAGUGUUUUCAAGCUAAAAAGUGUUUGCUGAUUUAAAAAAAUGGCUCUAGAGACUCAUAUGUAUGAUGCUUUUCCCUAUGAACAUUUUAUUUAGGGUCAUGUUUGUGUUUUUGUAGUAACAUCAGACUGACUGUAUAUGUGAAUCAACAUGACAUAUGCCAACAGAUGCCUCAUUGCCUAUGUUAAAGUGCUAUUGUGUUA